AUGGCGUCACACGGCCAAGUUGUACAGAGGAGCGCAGCCACCACAUCCCAGGCCCAAACAGUCGUCACAACAGAAACCCAAACCCCAGCGCCACCCGUCCCCAUCCUCCGGCUCCGCGGCGCGCACGCCUCCCGAAGAAGAGUACAGUGGACAGAAGACGUCGUCGACAAUGAAGGAUUAGGAAGGAAGAGUUCAAAAGUAUGCUGCAUCUAUCACCGCCCCAAAGGCGUCGAUGAAUCUAGCGACGAAUCCUCCUCAUCUUCCGACUCCUCCUCGGACUCAGACUCCGAUGCCGACCGCAAACCUGCCAGCCACAAGGACCACGACCACGACAAGUGUCCCGACCACGGAGACCACGGCCACGAUCACGGUAGAAGGAGGAGAGGCGGUAAGGAGCGCCGGAAGCGCAGACCGAGUCCUAAUGCGUACGAGAGGGUACCGAAACAGAAGCCUCAACCAAAGCCGGAGGGCGACGGAUCGAAGGGUGCGGAGCCUGGUGCGCAGAAGUCCUGA